UUGUUUCCCGAGAAAUCAAUCUCGAUUUCCAUCUCCUAUUUGUCAUCGGAGCUUUUUUCCUUCUACUUCCGAAGGUAAGGAAUAAAAGAUCAGUCAAGACUCAAGAGUUUGAUCUUGGUUGAAAAACCGAGAAUGGAAGGAGAUGUGUUGUCCGGAUUUGGAGACAGACACAAUAUGGAUGGGAAAUUGUUGCAGAGUUUCCAGAAGAGCUUUGUGGAUGUUCAAGACAUUUUGGACCAAAACCGAUUAUUGAUCAACGAGAUCAAUCAGAACCAUGAAUCGAAACAACCCGAUAACUUGGGUCGAAACGUGGGUUUGAUCAAAGAGCUCAACAAUAAUAUCAGAAGAGUAGCUAGCCUGUACGGUGAUCUCUCUCAUUCUUUUGCAAGAUCAGUGGAUGCUUCAUCAGAAGGUGAAUCUAGUGGAACUCUGAAAUCUGAUGGGAAAGCUAACCAGAAGAGAUUUAGAUCCGGUUAGUAUUGUAACCAAGACCAUCAAAGUUUAUUAUCAUAGAUUCAUACUCAGAGCUAAUUGAUUGAGAAGGAAGGAGAGUUUUACAAAUGUAAUCUCUGUUGAAAUGAAAGUUUGAUUUUCAG